GUCAUGAUAAUAGGAAACGCGCUGGUGGAGAUGCUACUGGGGCACAAGCGACCUGCAUCGCUGCAGACUGGCGGCGGCGGCGGCGGCAGCGGCGGCGGCGGCGGCAGCGGCGGCGGCGGCGGCAGCAGCAGCGGUGGCGCGUGCGCGCAUCUUGGUAGCGGAGGGGGGGGGGAGGCCACGUGGAGGAGGAGAGCGCAGCGCCGCCCAAGAAGCGGCGCAAGCGCGCAGGCUGAGAGCCGGCUGAUGUCUAGGUGGCGGUCCGCGGUGGGGCUGGCAGGGCAUGCGUAGCGGCAUGACAAGUAGUGCGGCUGUUGACAACUGUGUUACGUCUGGCUGCGGUUAGCUCUGCUGUGGCAUCGCGAUUGCUAGGCCCUGGUUUGGCUAUGUGCCUGUGGAAACCGACCCCGGCUAUGUCCGGGCGAUGAGGUUGUUCGGCCUCAGACUGUGGAGGGGCUCAGCCCCUUUUCCCGUGACCGGGGAACACUUGUCACAUCCAAGCACAAAUGGAGAACAAUGCACGCAAUGCGCGGCCGGGGCCUUAGGCACUGACACACACUUUGGCACGUAUGCGCGUGCCAAACCACCGCCCCCGCCCCAACGAACAAGUCGCCUCCUGACCCCAACAUCAGCUUGCAGUCAGUUCCAUCCGUCCAGCUGGUUCGGUGGUUCCACAUGCAGCAAGUCAGCAACCAUCUCCAUCCACACAUCCAGCUGUAGGCGCCUCUCUUCGUUCGUGUGGUCAGCGGCCAGGGGCGGGCAUUCAUCCAGGAAGAUCAGGGCUGAGACAUUGACUGGAUGGGGGUAUGCGGGCGAAGUAGGCAAGGCGGGGCUGCCCGGCAUGUGUCUGUCUGGGCUGCGUGAAUGCCACGGAAUGCCUGAUGCGUCAGUGUAAGACUGCUGCGCU